GUGACUUCCUCGUGCUGUGACGUAACUGACAUAUCAAUACACUACGGUUGUCGACUCAGUUGAAAGCGCAAGACAGCCCGAGCCCUGGAAAAAGCUUAUUCAGCUCACGGGAAAGAAAAGAUGUCUCGCGAUAUGAAGAAGCUUACUGGGCUCGUGGCAGCUACAUUCACACCUCUCACUGCAGAAGGGGAGAUUCAUCUUUCUGUUAUUGGGCCAUACAUUGAUUAUCUUACAGAGACACAGAGUGUCCAGAAGGUGUUUGUAAAUGGCACAACAGGUGAAGGUUUUUCUUUAACUGUGGAUGAAAGAAAGCGUCUUGCUGCCGAAUGGUGCCUACAGGGCAAGGGCAAACUCGAGCAGGUCAUAGUUCAUGUUGGCUCUAUGAGUAUAAAAGAUACUCAAGAACUGGCUCAGCAUGCUGCCAGUAUUGGGGCGGAUGGUAUAGCAGUAAUCUCCCCUUCCUUCUUCAAACCCACUAAUGCAGAUGCAUUGAGGAUGUUUCUAAAGGAAGUGGGAGCCGCUGCUCCAGAUCUUCCGUUAUAUUAUUAUCAUAUUCCAAGCAUGACUGGAGUUGGUUUGGAAGUGGCUGAUGUGCUUAAUGGCAUUGAGAAGAUGAUCCCCUCUUUUAACGGAGUGAAAUUCAGUGGAACUGACCUAAGGGAUCUUGGACAAUGUGUCUGUUACAGCCAGUCCCACAACUGGUCUGUCCUGUAUGGAGUUGAUGAACAACUCCUGGGUGCUUUGGUACUGGGUGUUCACGGAGCUGUGGGAAGCACAUAUAACUACCUCGGAUGCAAAGCGAAGGAAAUGCUUUCUGCUUUUGAUGAGGGUAAAAUGACGCAGGCCAGAGACCUACAGUUUAAAUGUAUGGACGCUAUCACAUUUGCCAAGAACCUUGGUUUUGAUGUGGCCGUGAAUAAACAGGUGAUGAGUGAACUGUCAGGGUUAGAGCUGGGUCCUCCCCGUCUUCCAAUGCUGCCCUGCCCCAUCUCAAAGGCCCAGACUAUAGCACAGAAAAUCAAGGACACCUAUUGUUUAACAUAAAUUUACAAAGUCCAGAAGACAGGUUUGACUUAAUCACCAGUGCCAAUGACCUUAAAAUUACUGAAUUUGUUAUGCAUUUUUAUACAUGCACACAUUUGAAAUUUACUUUUGUGAAAUGUACAUUUUGUACGUUAUACGCUUGAUAUUUUUAUUGUUUUAUGUUGUUCCUAUAACCACAGAAAAAUGAAAUAACAAUUUAUUUCUGAUUUUCUUAAUAUUUCGGUGUUAUUUUGUUUUCUGGUGAUUAAUGUAAUGGAUGUCCGUCUGGGGGACUAAGAUCAGUUCGCGAUCAGUGUUGGGUGUAACUAGUUACUAAGUAAUUAGUUACUGUAAUUUAAUUACUUUUCCCUUGAAAAAGUAAAGUAAGGGAUUACUCAUAUGUUUUCUGUAAUUUAAUUACAGUUACUUUUCAUGCAAUUAAACUAAAUACUUUGUGCAAUAUGUGUGCAAUAGUGUAGUGGACAUCAAAAUUCAAAGUCUUACUUUAAAAUCUAUGCUUUAAUGUAUAAUUCUCACAUUUGUAAUACUUUGGUCAGUUAAUAAUAUUAUUUAUUUGAAUGAAUUAAAUAAGCUGUUUCAUGUCUGUCCUUGAAUCACUUAACUAAUCAAGGUUGAUGUAGGAUAUAGAAAGUAAUUAGUAAUGAGUAACUAAAUACUUUUUGGACAGAGUAAUUUGGACAGUAAUCUAAUUACACUAUUGAAUCUGUAAUGAGUUACUAGUAAUUAGUUACUUUUUCAGAGUAACUUACCCAACACUGGUCGCGAUUGCACCCUCGUGUAAGACACUUAUCAAAGUAUUUCUACAGUUUGUUACAAAUAACAUUCCUCACAAAACGUGUACUGUAAGCAUUUCUUGCAAAAAGUGUACUGUAAGUAUGAAAAUCCACUGCUCUGACAUGCAGAACAGAAUCAAUGUAUUAACUUUUUAUCAAGUUACUAGAACUAAUACUGUACUAUUAAUACACUAAAUUCAUAUUUGCACAUGUAACUCACAUUUUUGUAUCAUUUUGUAAUAACACAUAAAGGGAACAUUUUUGUAUUUCAAGAAAUAUGUUUACAUUAAAAUGAACGUAAUUAAAUAUCA